UCAAUAACAGUUAUCUUAUGUGGAUAUCUUUUCUGGAAAAUGUUGGCUAAGCACAGAGAAAGGAAGAGGAAAAAUGAAGCACUCUUAAGAGAAGCAUCUCCAAAAUUUUACCAAGAAGGAAUGAGUAAAGAUGACAUCAACCAAGUCAAAAUUGAAGACAUUACCUUGUACAGCUUUGACAUGUUAGCGAAUGCCACUGACAGUUUUCACUCAGCUAGCAAGCUGGGGCAAGGAGGCUUUGGUCCAGUCUACAAAGGACAAUUGCCAGAUGGACAAGAAAUUGCAGUAAAAAGGCUUUCACAGUCUUCUGGUCAGGGGCUACAGGAGUUUAUGAAUGAGGUCGUUGUGAUUUCUAGACUACAACAUCGUAAUCUUGUUAGACUCCUUGGCUGUUGCACAGAGAGAGGGGAAAAGAUGCUGGUUUAUGAUUUCAUGCCAAAUAGAAGCUUAGAUGCAUAUCUUUUUGGUUCACACCAGGAAAAGUUCCUUGAUUGGAGUAAACGAACCAUCAUUAUUGAAGGAACUGGUCGAGGCCUCCUUUACCUUCACAGAGACUCAAGACUACGAAUUAUUCAUAGAGAUCUGAAGGCAAGCAAUAUCCUGUUGGAUGAAUACCUAAACCCAAAGAUUUCGGAUUUUGGCAUGGCGAGGAUUUUUGGAGGCAAUCAAGACCAGGCACGCACUAUAAGAGUUGUUGGCACAUAUGGUUACAUGGCCCCUGAAUAUGCAAUGUACGGAAGAUUCUCAGAAAAAUCAGAUGUCUACAGCUUCGGUGUGUUGAUAUUGGAAAUUGUCAGUGGAAGGAAGAACUCUAGUUUUUAUGAUGAUGAAGAUGAACUGACUCUACUUGCAUAUGCAUGGAAGUUGUGGAAUGAAAACAAUAUCAUAAAAUUGAUAGACCCCAAAAUAUUUGAUUCAAGCUUCGAAAAACAGAUGGUGAGAUGUGUACAUAUUGGAUUAUUAUGUGUUCAAGAAUAUGCAGAAGAUAGGCCAAAUGUCUCCACAGUUCUGUCGAUGCUCACGAGUGAUAUCGCUGAACUACCUACUCCUAAACAACCUGCAUUUACCGGAGGACAUGCUUCACCACAGCAAGGAUUUUGUAAAAGCCAAGGGUCCGUGAAUGCUGAUACCAUAACUGUACUGGAACCACGAUAGGAUGCAGAAUUUUCAAAGGUCAU